AUGACCUUGGCCGAAGUGUCCAAUGUUCUCCUGCAGGCCACUGUGGACAUCAUCGCCAGUGACGAGAUCUUACUUAUGUGGUAUCUGGUGGCCAAUGAGAGCAUCAAGUUUCAACAAUGUCUUCCAGAGAGCCAACUGUUGAUCUUAGUACGGCGAAACUAUAUUUACAGCCUGAUGCGCACGCGCCUCAGGAGUCAGACCAUUCCUUCCAAUCAGUUCAUCUACGCAGUGGCCCUCGCAGCUAGUGUGGAGAGAAAAUUAGGCAACACAGUAUCCUCGGAAUACCACCGUGGAGGACUGUGCAAUUUGUUCUUGAUCCGUGGCGGAAUCAAGACCAUCUCGGAGAUGCCUUUCCCACAAAGCUCAAUGAUUGUCAAUGUCCUCAUCGAACUUGGGCUUCCAGAGCUCUAA